AGUGAUCGCGACAUGGGCUGGAAUUUGCGACAUGUUCAGUCAAAGCCUACCUUGGCGACCUAUCCGGUCCUUUUCACUGCGUCCUCGGGAGGUGUGGCGCUCUGCAUCAACCCCUUACUAGUUAUGUCUUUUACGGUAUUAGAGCUACUAGCUGCUACACUCUUUCCUUACAAUAGGAUACGAAUACAAAACCUUUCCUAGCGCGUUGAAUCCUGUUCAUGGUGCGACAUUCAUUG